AUAUUGAUGUUGUGAUAGCUUUUCGACAACCCUAGUUCUAGCGUCAUUCGUGUAAAAAAUAUUAUACAGUACGCACGCAAGAAGACUGAAAAUCUUCGAAACAGUCGCUAAAACCAUUCCACGCAAAUAAACAAGAACUGUGCCUUGAGCAUUUAUACAUAAAACUCAACAAAACGAAAAAUCGAUUGAACUACAAUAAUGGCUGGCGGUAAAGCAGGAAAAGACUCGGGUAAAGCUAAGGCAAAAGCCGUAUCACGCUCGGCGCGCGCGGGUCUUCAGUUUCCCGUUGGACGUAUUCAUCGUCAUUUGAAGAGCCGUACGACAUCCCAUGGACGUGUUGGUGCCACUGCCGCUGUGUAUUCUGCAGCCAUUUUGGAAUACUUGACUGCUGAGGUCUUGGAGUUGGCAGGCAAUGCAUCGAAGGAUCUGAAAGUGAAGCGCAUAACGCCGCGUCAUUUGCAGUUGGCUAUUCGCGGAGAUGAGGAGUUGGACAGUCUGAUUAAAGCAACCAUUGCCGGUGGCGGCGUCAUUCCGCACAUACACAAGUCGCUUAUUGGUAAGAAGGAGGACACCGUGCAGGACCCACAGCGAAAGGGCAAUGUGAUCCUGUCGCAGGCCUAUUAAUUUCUACCUUGACCAUUUCGAAUUAAUAUCAAAACCCAUAAGAAAAAAAAUAAAUCGACGUGUUGUAACAAUUCAGUGCAAGCUCCGUAUGCAGCCUUGAAGCAUUAUUAAUAUAAUUUACAACCAACUUAAGCAAAUCUAACCCCAAUUUAAUCGUCAACAUCAACACCGACACCAACAUAAACACUCACACGCAUACAAACUGUAAACUUAAUUAAUUGUCAAGUAAAAUGCAAUGUUAAAGUGAAUACGCAUUAAACUAAAGCAAACUUAAUUUAGAGCAAAGUAAAUUACACAAAUAAAUUUAUA